UAUCUAAAUAAAAGCCCUCCAACUGAACUAAAUCCAACAUGCAGAACGACGCAGGAGGAUUUGUUGAUCUUUAUGUUCCACGCAAAUGCUCUGCUAGCAACAGAAUUAUUGGUGCUAAGGACCAUGCCUCUAUUCAAAUCAACCUUGCUGAGGUCAAUAAAGUAACUGGGAGAUUCAAUGGGCAGCACAAAACCCAUACCAUCUGUGGAGCUAUUUGUAGGAUGAGUGAAUCAGAUUAUUGUAUCCUAAGGUUAGCAAAGAAUGACGGGAUUGCGGCCAAGGCUGAUAACCUGUUUGAGCCGUUAAGUGCUCCAGCUAGACGUGUAACGGCGAUAAACAGCCUGCGGGAAGAACAGGAGAUGCCGUGA